AUGAGUAAAAAAUGGGUCUACCUAUUUACCAAUCCCUCGUUGCUCCAGAAUAGCCGUAGUUUUGGGACGGGAUCCUUUCUCCAGAGUCGGUUAAAAACCAUCAGGGAACGUGCACUUAGACAGCAAGUUAGCUGGUUGCAAUCUGUAAACGCGAAUAGAAGUCAUAACCCAACGGAUACUUUCAAGUUCAUUGACCAAUGUAAAUUUCCCUUCAAAGAGCCUUUGGAAGAAAUUCAUGGCAUACCUGACCAACUAAUGGAUGAUUUACAAACUAAUGGCUAUCAAGGGAUCCUACAGGAAAUAAAAAUUGAGGAGUUUGGAACUAUAACUGCUGAACAUGGUGAUGUUCUUCAGAUAGAUGCGGACUGUUUAAUUGUCCCAAUUCCACCAAAUUUAACUCCUCAUUGCGGAUUUGGUCUAAAGGUCGUGGAACUUGGUGGUCCAAGCUUGAUAAAAAUGCUCGUAAGGAGGGCUAAAGUUCUUAUAUCUCAGAAAAUUAAAGAGUUGAAAUCUAGAAAAGAUACCUACAAAGACAAUUACGGAAUGGCACUUGAUGAAUCGCACAAGUUGGAAAUUGGAGAUGUAAUACUGACUCCAACAUAUGGUGUUGCAAAAACUACUAUUCUGGCCUUCGUAGUCACUCCAUAUUACUGGGUAGGCAAUACCAGAGAAGCAGCUCUGAGAUUGAGAUACACCUUUAAAAGGGCACUUUCAUCUCUAAAUGACCUAGGUAUUUCUAGCAUUGUAUCUCCACAUGUUGGAGAAUCUCUGUAUGGGUACCAACCCAGAGAUGCCUGUGAAAUUAUGAUUGAAGAAUCGCAUGAUAUAAUCUUGCAGCUGGAAAAUAUAAUACCAAAAUAUUCCUUGAAACAAAUUCGAUUUGUAGAUAAGGAUUAUGAGACGGCUAGGGCAUUUGCCAACGCUUUGUGUAAAAUCAGACAAAUAAAACGUCCAGAAUAUCAGGUUAUUCCCGCUCCGGUUUAUCACAGCAGAAAUAGUCAGAGGAUUAUAGAGAUUGAUGAAUCUGUACUAAAGUUUUGUAGUCAAUACAAAAAAAUCACAUACAAGAGGCAUAGCGCAAUAAGAAAAAGAAAGAGACAAAACUGGUUGAGCAAUUUAAAACCGUUUGUAUGGCGUGCACCACGGCUCUAUGAGCCGCCUCCAUUCAUGUUGUACAAAAGCACAGGAAAACCUGCAUCCUUCCAACUACCUCCAAGACCAUACUACAAGAAAGGAGUUUCUCACCGACUCUUUCCAUGUUAUUCUGGUGGUAUCAAGGGACUCAGAUUAUCAAAAUCUGGAAAGUGGGUUGGGUCCUCUAAAUUGGAAAAUAUUUUAAGCCAGAGACGAACACAUGAAGCGUAA